AUGAAUCAAAGUGCGAGCAUCGGGUACCGGCAUAGCUUAGGGUAUAACACCAUCACCCCAUACACCGAACCUCUCGAAAUUCAGCAAGGCUAUACCGAGCCGGAUUUAACGUCUCUGCAGCAUUUUGUGGUGGUCAUCGCCAGCGCCUUCGCCGCGGCCUGUGCCCAACGCCCGAUUCACCAACUCGAGCGAUUUUACUUUCUCUCCGACGUUCCCGGCGAAAAUAGACGAAUCGGCGUAUCGGGUAAACCCGCAGAGGUCGUGCGAACUCUUUUGCAGACGCGUUGGUGGACGGGCCCGCCGCUAUGGCGUCGGACGUUCAGUGGGGCCUUUGAGUUGGGGGCGUUUAUUGCCAUACGAAGUCAAUUUCAGACGGAACCCAUAAGUGCCCUCAACGGGUUUGCUGCUGGAGCGGGUGUGGGAAUCGCCUACGCGGUGGCCUUUCACCCGUACGAUGUUCUGCGCGCGACGGCGGAAGCCCCCAACGGGCCGAAAACCUUCAGCGGGCCGAUGGAUGUUCUCUGGACGGCUUUAACGAAAAAAAAGACGGCGUUAUUCGGUCUUUAUCGUGGUUUUUCUACCAUGGUACUGGCGUACACCAUGCAGUACGGGGUUCAGUUCGGUUUGUAUAAUUCCCUUCGCCAUGAUGGGGUUUACCGUGGCCCUCUGGUGCUUUUCUUUUAUUGCCAUUUAGCCGCAUUGGUAGGGCAAGUUUUAUUCUUUCCUUUUUUGCGUCUUCGCCAACAACUCCACACCAUGAACUCCCAAGUGCAGUUAAAGCGUGUAGGUUAUCGCUUUCUUAUUUACGAGCUGCAUCGGAGAUAUGGUCUUUCAAAGGUCUACGACGGUUUUUUUUCCUCGAAGCCGGUGCUCAAUACGAUUCCUACCGCCUUGCUCUUGAUGCUUUACGAUGUCCUCUCAAGACGAUAUACGGAAUACCUCAAUCCUGGAAAAAAAGCUCGAGCAAACCCCUCACAGAUGCUUAGAUCGGUACAGCUGCCUUCUUACGUAACCUCGCCGAAGCCUUAUGAAUUUGAGAGCUCUUCUUCUUUGGGGGCCCAAGGGAUGCGCUAG